ACAAGACGAAACCAAACAGCUCACGACAUGAGGGGUGGGCGGAUGAGUAAGUCAGAUUUCCUGCCUCUGUCUCACCCACUCAUCCUCUCCUACUUCAGUGACACACAUCACACCACACAGCAGCACGUUGUCUCACCAGCAGCACUGGCUGAUCCUCGUCUCCCAUGACUCCUGCACGGCUGUUUGGUAGGGCACAAUAGGCAUCAAUCCAAACAAGGGACGAUGGAGGACUACACAGACACGGUCACUUACGACUACAGUGAUGUGACACCCGUCUCACCCUGUAUGAAGGACAAAGUUCAUGAGUUUACUGUGGCGUUCCUGCCUCGGUUCUAUUAUGUAAUCUUCACCCUCAGCCUGCUGGGCAACGGCCUGGUCCUGUUUGUGGUCAUCAAGUUUGAGCGCGUGCGGACGGUCACCAACGUCUUCCUCCUCAACCUGGUGGGCUCCAACCUCGUCUUCACCUUCGGCCUGCCCUUCUGGGCUGCCUACCAACUGGGCGAGUGGACUUUCGGCCAGGCGCUGUGCAAGCUGCUCGGCACGGCCACCUACGUCAGCAUCAACAGCUCCGUGCUCUUCCUCACGUUACUCACCGUUGACCGCUACCUGGCCGUGGUGCACGCCUUGGCCGUCAACCAGCACCGCAAGAGCUGCUACGCCGUGGCCGCGUCCGCCUUCGUCUGGCUUAUCUGCGGCCUGGCCGGUGUCGGACCCCUGCUCCGCUACGAGGUGACCUACCACUGGGAAAACAAACACCAGUGCAAACAAGACCAGGAUCCCUACUGGAGGCGUUUUGACACCUCCUUCCACAUCGUCUGCUUCUUCCUGGUGCCGCUGGUGGUGGUGGUGUACUGCUACGUGCGGAUCAUCAUCACCGUCAUCUCCACGCAGAUCAGCGGCAAGCACCGGACGCUGCGCAUCGUCUUCGUCAUCCUGCUGCUGUUCUUCGUCUGCUGGACGCCGUACAACGUCAUGCAGGUGGUGGACCUGCAGACCCAGCUGGACUGCAACGACGCCGUCGACUAUGCCCUCUACGUCACGCGAAACCUCGCCUACCUCUACUUCUGCAUCAACCCUGUGUUCUAUACAUUCCUCGGACGCAAGUUCCAGAACUACGUCCGCAAACUUGUCUUGGGCUACGCGCCGUGCUUGAAAAGCCACCUCUCGGUGGCGGCCACCAGUCGGUCAUUGUCUCACCGCAGUCCGACAAGCGUACAGGAUCAGUGAAAGUGUUUGUGAGACAGAACGCAGUGUCAUAAUGGAUGAUUAUGAUGUUGUGAUGAUGCUCGCUGUCAGGUGUAUAAAAGCAGCAAGGUGAGAACAGAAUGAUUAUGAUAUGAUGAUGCUCGCUGUUUUCUCCAGGUGUAUAAAAGCAGCAAGGUGAGAAUAGGAUGAUUAUGAUGUUGCCAUGAUGCUUGCUGUCUCCUCCAGGUUUAUAAAAGAAAAAGGUGAGAAUGGGAUGUUUUCUCCAGGUGUAUAGAAACAAAAGGUGAGAAUAGGAUGAUUAUGAUGCUGCGAUGAUGCUCGCUGUCAGGUGUAUAAAAGCAGAAAGGUGAGAAUAGGUGCUGUAGGAGUGAGUCUUAUCUGUUCAGGUGAAACAGCUUGAUGUUGACACCUGCCUGGUGUGCAUUAUUUUAAUGUGCAUACAGUAUACGGUGUGUACUGUUUAGCCAGUAGAAUACAGAACAAAAAUGUCCUUUUUUCCAAAGAAACCUGUUUUAGGCUGAUAUCGUAUUUUUGAAUUUACAAGGAAAGAUAGGCUACCAAAUCAUUGUUUACAUGUUAUGUUCUCACAACAUGAUAACACGCCGAAAUGUUGAAAUGUUGGUCAAUACAUUUGGAGUGACCAAAUUACCAAAGACAAACAUCAGGUUGCCUAAUUUAGUUUCUCAAGCUUUUUUCACAUCCAUGCCUGUCUUUUGUGGCUUAAAGCUGCUGUUUUUAAAUUUAGUUUUAGUUUUUAGUCUUCUGACUUCAAACUGUCAUUUCCUGUGUUUCACCAUUUCAUCCUGCAGAAAAGACUUGCACCGGUGGAGUUCUCUAGGCAUCAUCACACACA